AUGCCACUGCAACAAGUCCAGACGCCUCAAUUCCUGGGCCCAGGUGGGAGGAUCGAGGGGGGUCAGAGCCAGUAUAUUUAUACUCCCUUCUCCUCCGCCGACCUUCUUAAUUGGAAGACCCAUGUCGCCUCCUAUACUGAAAAACCAGAGGCCCUCACAAACUUGCUGACUAGCAUUAUGGGAAUUCAUAGCCCAACCUACCGAUGCCAGCAGCUCCUUCUGACCCUCUUUACAACUGAGGAGCGUCAGCGCAUUCUGAGGGCUGCCAAAAAGAAAGCUGAGGAGGCUACCCCCGCAGAUGAACAAAACCACGCCCAGUGGCUAGCAGAGCAUUUCCCUGAAACUGACCCCAGCUGGGACCCAAAUAAUACAGACCACAUGAACCCCCUGAACUACAGAGGCUAUUUACUGGCAGGGCUACAGGAGGCAGGGAAAAAGGCCACCAAUAUGUCCAAAAUUGGGGAGGUUCUUCAGAAGCCUGAUGAGGCCCCCGGAGCCUUCCUCGAGCGCUUAUAUGAAGCCUAUCGCUUGUAUUCAGAGCCACAUGCCGACAACCAGCGCAUGGUAAAUUGUGCCUUUGUAAGUCAAGCAGCCAGUGACAUUAAGCGAAAAUUGCAGAAGCAAGAAGGGUUUGCAGGCAUGAAUAUUACCCAGCUUCUGGAAAUAGCCCAGAAGGUAUUUAUAAAUCGAGAACAAGAAACUAAAAAGGCAGAAGACCGCAAGAUCAAAAUGAAAGCGACCCUGCUGGCUGCCGCCAUAGGAACCCACAAUGGGAACCGAGACCCUUGGGAAGGCAUGCAGGCCAGAGCAAGGCGCCAAGGGGAACCAGCGAAUGACUGGAAACCACUUGCCCCCGAUGAGUGCGCCUUUUGCCACGGUUUUGGUCACUGGGCUAAUUCCUGCCCACGGAGGGGACAAAACGCCCCGAUCCCGAGGCCAAGAGGGGAGAGAGGACGCCUUGCGGCCAUGGGUCCUCAGGACCAGUGGGAUGACCAGGACAGACCGGGUUCCCCACCACCUGGCCCCCGGGAGCCCAUGGUCAAGGCAACAUUGGGGGGCCGCGAACUGUCAUUCAUGGUUGAUACAGGGGCUGAAUAUUCCGUCGUCAACACCCCGGUGGCACCCACCACCAGGCAGUCUAUUCCCAUCGCAGGGGCCACCGGCCAGGUAGCCCGGAAAUCUUUCCUACAAGACCGCAUUUGUGACCUAGGCACUCAUUUGGUCCAGCAUAAAUUCCUGUAUGUGCCUGAAUGCCCCCUGCCUCUGUUGGGUCGAGACAUUUUGUCUAAAUUAAGGGCAGCCAUUUAUUUCGAGGAAGAGGGUCAAACCACUGUGGAGUUUCGGGCUGGCCCGGAUGGUCUUCUUGUGCUCACUUGCCCCCUAGAGGAGGAGUGGAGGCUCUUCCAGACGCCCCCUGAAAAGAGCUUGUCGGAUCAGUGGGCCUCCGUCGUCCCCGGGGUCUGGGCCGAAGACAAUCCACCGGGCUUGGCUCGGCAUCACGCCCCAAUCAUUAUUGAACUUUUACCCGGCGUCCAGCCUGUCCACCUACGCCAGUAUCCCAUUCCCUGGAAGGCUAUGGAAGGGAUCCAGAAGCAUUUAGAUAGGCUAUUGAAAUAUGGCAUUCUGAGGGAGUGCCAAAGCCCAUGGAACACACCGUUGCUACCGGUCCAGAAGCCUGGCACUGGUGAGUUCAGGCUCUGCCAGGACCUACGGGCAGUAAACAAAAAGACUGUGACUUUGCACCCAAUAGUACCAAACCCGUAUGUGCUGCUGGGACUAGUGCCACAACAAGCUGAUUGCUUCUCUGUGCUAGACCUGAAGGAUGCCUUCUUUGGUCUAUGCAGCCCCUCAAGCCAGCCCAUUUUUGCAUUCCAGUGGCAGGAACAGGGCACAGGGAGAAAGCUUCAGUACACCUGGACCCGACUUCCAUAAGGGUUCAAAAACAGCCCCACCCUCUUUUCAAACGCAUUAGCCCAGGACUUGCAAGAUUUCAAUACGACCCCGGGCACCUGUGUCUUGAUCCAGUAUGCUGAUGACCUGUUGAUUGCUGCCCAGGGACAAGAUCGUUGUUACCAGGCAACUCUGGAACUACUGGAGUUGUUAUGGAAGGCAGGGUACAAGGUGUCAAGGAAGAAGGCCCAGCUGUGCCAAGACCAAGUUAAGUAUUUGGGUUUUCAUGUGUCCUGGGGUACUCGGACAUUGGGGCGAGAGAGAAAAGAAGCCGUCUGUGCAUUACCAGAACCUACCUCCAGACGGCGGGUCCGGGAAUUCUUGGGUGCAGCAGGCUUCUGCCAUGUGUGGAUACCAAAUUUUGCCCUGUUAGCAAAACCCCUUUAUGAAGCCACAAAAGGGGGAGAACGGGAGCCAUUCUUAUGGGGAGCGGAACAGAAGCAAGCCUUCCAGGAGCUAAAGAAACUGCUGAUGGAGGCCCCCGCCCUAGGCUUACCCGAUGUUGAGAAACCUUUUACCUUGUUGGUCCAUGAGCGAAACGGAGUGGCGAUUGGGGUCCUGACCCAGGCUUUGGGUUCAUGGCAGCGUCCGGUUGCCUACCUCUCCAAGCAGCUCGACUCCGUGGCCAAGGGUUGGCCCGGCUGCCUCCGGGCUGUUGCAGCUACUGCAGAACUCAUCAAAGAAGCCGAUAAGCUGACCUUGGGCCAGGAACUGGAAGUAAAAGUACCCCACGCUGUGCUUACCCUAAUGGACUAUAAAGGAAAUUAUUGGUUUUCUAACAGCCGCAUGACCAAAUAUCAGGCCAUGAUGUGUGAAAAUCCUAGGAUUCAUUUAAUUAUUACAGGAAAUUUAAACCCGGCCUCCUUACUUCCCUUCAGUGACCAACCUCUUGACCAUGAUUGUAUUCAGACCAUGGAUGAAGUAUACUCCAGCCGUCCUGACUUAACAGAUGCCCCAUUACCGAAUCCGGAUGUUGAAUACUACACAGAUGGGAGCAGCUACGUGCUAAAUGGAAAGCGUUAUGCAGGAUACGCGGUCAUCACCUGUCAGAAGACUAUCGAAGCAAAACCUCUGCCCACAGGGACAUCAGCUCAGAAGGCCGAAUUGAUCGCCCUCACUCGAGCCCUGGAAUUGGCGGAAGGCGUGACCGCAAACAUCUACACGGAUUCCAAGUAUGCCUUUCUGACUUUACAUGCACACGGGACACUGUAUAAAGAAAAGGGACUUAUAAAUUCGGCUGGCAAGACUAUCAAAUAUGGGGCUGAGAUUUUGAGGUUGUUGGAGGCGGUAUGGGCACCACGUAGGGUCUCUGUGAUGCAUUGCCGGGCCCAUCAAAAACCCCUCAGUCCUGUAAGUAUGGGAAAUCGCAGGGCUGACGAAGCAGCCAAGCAGGCCGCUAUGAGGGGGUGUGAGAUGGUCACAGAAAAACCUGUCUGUCCUAUUUUUCAGGUUCCUAUAGCAGAAUGGACCCCCCGGUACAGUGCGGCAGAGGAGAAAUGGGCUGAGACCCAAGGCGCCUCCAAAACACGUGUGCAGGGAUGGAUUCAAUUUCCAGAUAAACGCUUAUUUGUACCAGAAAAUAUCGCCUGGUCUCUAGUAGAACAGGCGCACGAGGGAACCCAUUUUGGUAAAACAACAUUAGCUGAGCUGUUGGAUAAGCAGAUGUAUAUUUCUAAAUUACACAGUCUGUGUGAAAAAGCAGCUUUUAGAUGUGUUCCGUGUGCCCGCAACAAUCCUAGGCAGGGUCCCAGUCAGCUCCCUGGGAUCCAGCACAUUGGAACAACCCCUUUUGAGUCUAUUGUCACGGAUUUCACUGAAAUGCCCCGUCCAGGGUGCUGGAAAUAUUUGCUUGUGUUUGUAUGCACUUAUUCAAAUUGGAUAGAGGCUUUCCCCACCAGGACGGAGAAAGCCACGGAGGUUGUGAGACAUUUACUUAAAAACAUUUUGCCAUUUUGGGGUCUCCCGGUCCAAAUCUCUUCCGAUAAUGGGCCGGCGUUUAUUCACAAAAUAGUACAAAAGGUAUCACAGGCACUGCAUAUUGAAUGGAAAUUGCACGCCGCUUACAGACCACAGUCUUCGGGUAAGGUAGAGCGGGCAAACAGAUCAAUAAAAACCCAAUUGUCUAAGUUGUGUCAAGAAACCACUCUAAAGUGGCCCGAUGCCUUACCAAUUGCGUUGUAUAGAUUAAGGUGCCUUCCAAAAAAGGACCUAAAAAUCAGCCCCUAUGAAAUUGUGUUUGGUAGGCCACCCCCAAUUGUAAAAGGAAUAAAGGGGGACCUAGCCCAGAUUGGGAAUCUUGUUUGGUUUCAAGAAAUCCAGUCCCUGGGAAAAGCAAUGAAUGAGGUGUCUAAAUAUGUGUUGGAGACUCUCCCGCUGCAGGUUCACAACCCAGUCCAUCCAUUUCAGCCUGGGGACGAGGUGUGGGUGAAGGUCUGGCAGACUCAGCCACUCCAGCCUCGGUGGAAGGGCCCGUUCACCGUUCUGCUCUCCACCCCGACUGCCGUUAAGGUCCAAGGACUGGCCAGGUGGAUUCAUUGGACUCACCUAAAGCGGGCAGCCCCCGAGUGGCGUAUGCAACCAGUUUAUGGGACUGGACUUAAGAUAAAAAUUCAACGAGCACCACCCUCUGGGCCCCACUUACCGGCAACGGUGGGGUUCACAGAAAACCUAGACGACCCCUAG